AUAAACAAAUUAAAAAUAAAUGUUUUGUCAGUGGCGUAAGGUUGAAGUUUUGAUAGCAAAAAUAAAUAAUAAUUUACCCAGAGCCACAGAGACUAAGUGUCAAAGCCGAUUUGAGGAGAUGUGACUCUGCAAUGUUUGACAUAAAUAAGUGGUUGCACUGAGUCACUCUAUUUGCUGCCAUGUACAAAGGAGUAUAUUAAUGAGGUGGUUCCAUUAAAGCGAUUCUGAGCUGAGAGCUGUACAAGAAGCCUUCCAGACUUUAAUGUUUGUGUACUGCAAAUAGUUUAUUCUACUCAGAUUUAAAUUGGUAAAUUAUCCCACAAUUUGGUAACGUUGAGUGUUAGAUCUUACAGAGCUCUCUUACUCUGCAUGGCAAUAAUAAUAAUAAAAAACUAUUAUCCCAAUUCAAUUAUAUAUGUCUAUUUUGCUCAAAAAUAGCUGUUGAAAUGACAGGAAAGUUGUUGAGUUUCAACAACUCUGAAUUAUGUUUUAAAAUGUGUUCAGUUGGUCUUUAGAAAUAAAUUUGAAAUCCUAAGCUUCUAGUUGGUUGGCGUCUUACCUGAAGCUGAAUUUUAUUCACACUUAGGUUUUGGACGUUGUACAUCAAAGAUUAGGUGCAGAACGCAUUCUCUUUACAAUCGACAUAAUAUAGGAUGCAGAUGAACAUUGUGCUUCUCUUACCAAUGAAAUGUUCAAGCAAAACCCCAAUUUUUCAAGUUUUGACAUUCUGUACAAUCCAAACCUUACGUAGCUUUUUGUUAUCACUUAUAAGAUACACAUUCAGCUUUUGGACAUGCACAAAUUGGUGUCAAAGGUCAUCUGUGCAUUAUGGAUUUUUAAGCAGGAACUCUGAAAAACACAAGAAACCUAACAUAUUCAAAAUAAAGACAAAUAAGAAAAAAAAAUGCUACCAAGGCUUUUUGGUUCUUCGCUAAUCUUGGCAGGAUGACUCCACCCUUCCAGUCUGGGAGCUUUCAGUCACACCUCCACUUAACCACUUUACCUCUGCACAUGUCGUUGCAGCUGAAAGGGCAGGCAUCUUUGACUUGAUUGUGGAUUUACAACAAGAAGCGACCAGCAGAUUGUUAUUGCAACUGAAAGGACUAAAAUCUUUUUGACGGUUUGCUGAUGAUUGAACCAUGACUUUGCAAAGGAUUCCAAUAGUUGCAUUGGUCGUGUGAAAUCUCCCAACAAGUGCAGACAUUGUCCUGAAUAGCAUACAUCUGUGCCAUCAAAAUGCAGAAGCAAGUGGAGGUCAGGAUGAGCGAGAGCCACAUGGACCCAAUCGUGGCAACUGCAGAAAAUCCAUGCAGCAAUAUCUGUGAGAAGAUAAUGAAGAACAUGGUUCUCACUCUCACAAUCCUGGGUGUGUUUCUUGGUUCCAUUGCUGGAAUGCUUCUACGGCACAUAUCACCCCUCCCUCCUGAUGUUAUAAUGAUCAUUGCCUUCCCUGGAGAGAUCUUAAUGAGGAUGCUAAAAAUGCUUAUUUUGCCUCUUGUUGUUUCCAGUUUGGUCACAGGUCUUGCGGGUUUGGAUGCCAAAUCCAGUGGUCGUUUAGGCACCAGAGCGAUGGUGUACUACAUGUCAACAACAGUAAUUGCAGCUGUCCUUGGAGUAAUCUUAGUGUUGGUCAUCCAUCCAGGAAAUCCCAAACUGAAAGCUAAUCUAGGACAGGGAAAAAAGAACGAUGAAGUAUCCAGCGUUGAUGCUUUCUUAGAUCUCAUCCGAAAUCUUUUCCCAGAGAAUCUGGUCCAGGCCUGUUUCCAGCAGAUCCAGACAGUAACCACCAAAGUACCAGUGCCAACCAACAGGACGAGAGCACCUCCACAGUUCACAGUUAAGAGGUCACUUCAGUUCAAGAGUGGGAUGAAUGUCCUAGGGCUGAUUGGAUUCUUUGUGGCUUUUGGAGUUAUAAUGGGGAAAAUGGGAGAGAAAGCCAAGCUGAUGUUGGAGUUUUUCAACGUUCUGAAUGAAAUUGUUAUGAAGCUUGUGGGCGCAAUUAUGUGGUAUUCUCCUAUUGGUAUCGCCUGCCUUAUCUGUGGAAAAAUAAUCUCCAUUGCUGACUUGGAGAUGGUUGCAAGGCAGCUUGGGCUGUACAUGGUGACUGUGAUAGUGGGCCUAAUCAUCCAUGGAGGCAUUUUCCUUCCGCUAAUAUAUUUUGUGAUAGUAAAACAGAAUCCCUUCACCUUCUUUAUGGGAAUAUUUCAAGCCUGGGUCACAGCACUCGGAACGGCAUCUAGCGCUGGCACCUUGCCUGUCACAUUCCGAUGCUUAGAGGAAAACCUGGGCAUUGACAAAAGGGUCACACGCUUUGUCCUCCCUGUGGGGGCCACCAUUAACAUGGACGGUACGGCGCUCUAUGAGGCAGUGGCGGCCAUCUUUAUCGCUCAAAUGAAUGGGAUUGAGCUGGACUGGGGCCAGAUAGUCACUGUGAGCAUGACAGCCACCUUGGCCAGUGUUGGAGCUGCCAGUAUUCCCAGUGCAGGACUUGUGACCAUGCUUCUGAUUCUCACAGCAGUGGGUCUCCCCACUCAGGACAUAAGCCUCCUGGUCGCUGUUGAUUGGCUGCUCGAUCGUUUCCGCACCUCCGUUAAUGUUGUCGGGGAUUCCUACGGUGCCGGAAUUGUUUACCACCUUUCCAAAGACGAACUAGACAUGUAUGAUGCCCAGCAGAGCCGGAUGGAUGACUUUGAAAUGGCAAAGACACAGUCUUUUUUUGAAAACAACACCAACCAGAAUAUGUAUGCUCACCACAACUCCAUCCUGAUAGACGACUGCAAGGUCAAAAACGGCAAAAAUGGCAACACUCCAGAGUUCUCUAUUGUUGAGGAGGAUCCGUGGAAUUUCAAGUAAUGCAGAUUCAGCACUUUACCCUGAAUUCGACCAGCUGUAACUUUCUGAGGACACUAAUUUAAUAAAAAUAAACAAGCAAAUAAAUCAUUAAAAAAAGCAUAUAUUUUUUGUGCAAGGACACAGACAGUGCAAUGAGAUGACAAAGAAUGAAAACUCUUCUGCAAGUCAACAAAGGGCUCCCUUUCUCUCCUGGGUAAGCAGUGGAGGAUGCUGUGCUUUUGCAUCUUAAAUUUGAUCUUACGUCUGGAAGUCUAUGCAUGCACAUAGACUGGAGUGAACUUGUCUGCUUCAAGCAAUUCUUCGGAUGAGUCAAAUAGUUGGCUGACGACACUCAGGAUCUUACUCAGGGUUGCUGCAUUCUUCCUUUCUUGUCAAGACGACUGAUUUCUUUAUUAUUGCGUUUAAGCACUUGCUCCAUGGCCUAAGGGACAAAGACAUGAAAAUGUUGUAGAAAUUGCCUUGGCAGUCAAGAUUGUAACAAAGAAUCAGAAUGAAGUAAGAAAUUUGCUGGUGGAAUGUGAGCUUCAUUAAAUAUUUGACAUUCAGAAAUGUGUAACUUUCAUUGCUGUUUGAUUUAUCCAAAGGCUAAAAAGAACAUAAACCAAAAUGAAGCCCUGCUUCUGCUGGCAUUAACUUAAACAGGACUGUUAAGCAUUGCAUUACCUCUGACUGUUUGAUUUAUGGGAUUAUACCUUCAGACACGUGGUCAAGCUUAAGAAGUGAAGCUUAAGACUUAAGACAGGGAGUGGCUUCUAAAAGAGGCAACAAACAGAACAGAAUGUGUUGCUGAGAGGAAAUCGGUUACUGUGUUUAUUUAUUUAUCUAUUUCUACUUUAUGUGUCUGUUCUUACUUAUGAACCAAUGAGUGUCUGCUUGCCUGUGUCCUGGGAAGGAUGUUUGAUUAUUUCCGUGUAUUUUGAGUCUGAAAAGAGCAAAGAUUAAAAGGAAAAGAAAGCUAGUGGUUCAAUAAGAGAAAACACACAAAAAACGUUUUUCUCUGAAAAUCUAAGUAGGACAUAGUUUUGUGUGUUUUAUUACAAACUGUUCUUUUUUCUGUGCUAUAUAACAACCUUGCCUUGAAGAUGUCACAUUCAGAAUGUGAUCACUUUGACUAAAAUAUUUCUGGACUGACGUUAAGCUUUUUAUUGGACUUAAGUUCACCUGAUACAUUUGCAGAGAAAAUACAGCAUUUGAGGAUGGCUGGGCCUUCUCACAAGAUUGUAUUAGAUUUUGUAGAUUUUUCUCAUCAGAUUUACGUAUAAAUAACAAGCUUGUAAUUGGAUCUAGACUUAAUUAACUAUGGUCACAUCUGUUUAGCAAAUGCACACUAAAUUCUGCUGCCAGCACUUUCAUAAAUCCAGCACUGUAACAACAAGGUCACUGAAUGUUGUUUUCACAUGUUUUUGAGUAUCACAGGCUAAGAAACUCUAAUUG